AUGACCUACAACAUGCUUCACGCUUUCGCCGGCAUCUCGGGCGCCGUGGGCGUUGGCUUCGGCGCCAUUGGAGCCCACGCCUUGAAAAACAAGCUCAACACCUACCAAAUGGGCGCAUGGACGACAGCCACCCAAUACCAGCUGCUGCACAGCUUGGCGCUUCUCUACACGCUCAGCAUGCCCCAGACCGGCCCGGUCGUUGCAGCCGGCUAUGCUUUUGCUUCGGGCAUCACUAUGUUUAGCGGCUCUAUCUACGGCCUUUGCCUCACCAAGCCCGACAACCCGAUGCGCAAGGUGUUGGGCCCUAUCACGCCCAUUGGAGGUCUCUCGAUGAUUGCCGGUUGGCUGCUCCUGGCCUACGCCAAACGUCCUCGCUCUCUCCGCUGA